UUAUAAACGAAAACAAAUAUUAUAUUCUCGAAACCAAAUAUUAGAAAAUUUUAUUUUCAAUAAAAAAAAUAAUAUAGUAAAACAAAAGAAAUUUUAUUAUUUUAAUUUAUUAAUAUUAGCAAAUAAAAGAAUUAUAUUUUUAGAUUUAUAUUAUUUUUGAUGUUGAAUGUAGGGUUACAAAUUGAAUAGAGGGUAUUAUAAAAAGUAGCGAAAGUAAAAGGAAAAGUAAUAGUAAAAUUUAAAUAAUUUUCAGACUGUGAUAAAAUAUAUUUAAAAAAUAAAGAAUUUAUAAAUAACCUGCUCGACCUUAUAAUUUUUAUAACAAGAAAAGGAGGAGACAAGGAAAAAUAGAAACAAAAGCAGAAUAAAACCAAUACAAAAAAUAUAAAAGUUUAAAGAAAUCUUCUAAUUUAAAAAAGUUUAAAAUAUACAGGCACAUACAAUUACACACGAAUUAUAACUCUUAUAUAUCAUCUACAUAUCACUACAUAUGUACAUAUGUAUGUAUACUCCAUAGUGCUCUCUAUUAAGAAUAAAUUUGUUAAAUAAUAAAAAUAUAAAAAAAAGAAUAAAACACAAUUUCAAGUUUCAACAGUUCUUAAAAAUAAACAGCAACAAAACACGACAAAAUAAAAAUAAUUAAAAAAAUUUCCCCAUUAAAAUUUUCCAUUAUUUAGAAAAUUUUAAGUUUUUUUGGAAGAUUAAAUAUAAAGGUACUUAAUAAUACGAUGAUAACUAUCAGUACCUAAAAGAAAAAAAUUAUGGAUACUAAACAUACUGACUCAAUUGAUGCACCAGCACUUGUUCGUCGAAGGCGAAAAGUAGCCCGACAGACACGAGAUAAAACACCAGAAGCACGCAUGUUAGGCUCUCGAAGAUUUUCUGAUGAUGGAGAUGAAACGACUAGUAGUGCAGCAGAUCAAUCACAGCAACAACAACAUAAAAGAAGAUCACAUUUAAGUAGAUCUUCCAAAACCCCACCUUUAAGCCCAAAAAGGCAGUCUAAUAUUGACCAUGGAGUUGACAUAGAUGAUAUUAAGAAAAAUACUGGAAAAGCAAUAGCUAAAACACAAACACGAAGUCCAACACAUCAGUCAGUUAUUGAUUCAAAAACUUGCACCCGAAAAUCUUUAUCACCAGACCCAUGCAAAACGACAUCGUCAACUAAUACAAAACCACGAAGUUUAUCACCACCGCCUCCACCAGUACGUAAAAAUUCCCCCACUAAAAUACAGAAUACAACACCACUAAAAGAAGAUGAUCAAAAUAUUCAAACGGUUCGUAUGCAAAUACGACCUCCUGGUUCCCAUACUAUAUCAGCUCAUGAAAGUAAAAUCUUAAGAAGACGUUAUAGACAAUUCGCUGGUCAAGCAGCCCGUAGUCAAUCUCAACCACGUGAAGGAGAAACGAUUCUUCAAACAAAUUCAGAUGUCAAAGAUUUGAUGCGUUCGGCUAAAAGAAGUUUAUCAUCACCGAGACAUAAAGAUGAAACUGACGAUAGUGGUCAGAGUGCUACACCUUUACCAGAAUACUCUCCCAUAUCGGAUAUGCAUAAGAAAAUUGCUAGUGGUACAGAUAAAUCUGGUGCUGAUAAUGAAAAACUUUUAAAAUUGGAACGAAAUUUAAAAAAGUUCGAAGAAGAACGUAGAAAGUUUGAAAUCGAAAAGACGAAAUUCGAACGUGAAAUGCGGGAUCUUCAUAAAUUACAUUAUAGAAAACAGUUAAAGGAAGCAGAAGAAAGGAAAAGAAUGUUAGAAAAUUAUAGAAAAAACAGUGGAGAUGCAGUUGAUAUGCUGAAAUUGCCGUUAAAAACUAGUCAAAGCUUCAAAGAACAAAAAAAAACAGAGAUACAUCAAUCAGAAGAGAAAGCGGUAAGGAGAUCUGAAUCGAAUCGCCGUUCGAAAAUUCUUCAAGAUUAUGAAUCGUCAACAGUCUCUGACUCAGAUUCAGAAGCUGUACGAACAGAAAUAAUUGAAUAUAGAAAAAAUCACCACCCUCCACGACGUAUCAACAGAGGACCACCCCCGCCACCUCCUGCAAUAGAUGCCCAGUCAACAUCACCACUGCCCAAUUGCUCCAAUUCACAACCUGUAGAUAAUAAAAGAGAACAUAAAAGUUCUAGCCGCAAUUCGUCUCUUUCACCUUUGCACAAACGUAAAUCAUUAAAAGCAUCAGAAGAUCGGAAAGAUGAAAAUUUGUAUUCACUCGAAGUAAAAGAUAAAGAAUUUAUAGAAUCAAAAACUGGGGCAGCUGAAAGUGAUGAAAUUACAACGGAAGAACAAGUUAAAUCGCCUCGCAUAUUUUCCAUACUUUUAGGCAGAACAGAAAAAUUAAAUAAGGAAAAUACAAACGAGUCUGUUAAAACCAAAAUAAAAGUUGACAAAAACCAGAUAAAAAAAAUUUCUUUUUCUUAUUUGAAAAUUUGCAUAAGUCGAAUGAGACUAGAGUGGAAGCAAUUUAAACAGGAUCAUCAACGAGAAGUUAUUUUAAUUUGCUUGGAUAGAAAUCGUUGUAUCGCAAAUUUCAUCAUAUUAACCUUGCUUCUCGGCUUUGGUGGUUUAGCAUUUCGUUUCACUGAAGGAAGUGGCGAUGGCGUUUAUAAAUGUGAAGUAAAAAAAGUUAAACGUGAUUUUAUCGAUCAAUUAUGGUUACAAAGUCAUAGUAUGCGAGAAGAAGAUUGGAAAUCCUCCGCCAGAAAUCGAUUACGCACUUUUGAAGAAGAAUUAUACACCGUUUAUGAUGCAGGUCCAACUUCAUCAUAUUCGGGAUUAAAGGCAUGGGGUUUCAUUAACAGUAUUAUAUAUUGUUGGACAAUUAUAACGUCAAUUGGAUAUGGUCAUAUUUCACCAAAAACCACAUUGGGACAAGCAAUCACAAUAGUAUAUGCUAUUUUCGGUAUUCCUAUUUUUUUGAUUUUAUUAGCUGACUUUGGUAAAUUGUUUACUCGUGGAAUUAAAUUUGUUUGGGCUUAUGUUCGAAGAUUAUAUUACACUGGAACUUGUCGUCAAGUAAGAAAAUCUCAACAAAUGCAAGACGUUAUGAAAGGCGUAAACACAGUUUAUGAUGUAGCUAUUCGCCGACCAUCGCAAUUCAUUCGUGAUAUCGAUAUUGAAAAUGCUGACAAAAACGAAUCUGAAGCGCCAGAGACGUUACCUGAAACGCCAACAUCGCCAUACCCAGAAACACUAGAAAUCGAUGAUGACUUUAAUUUGCCAGUAUCAGUGGCAACUGUUAUUUUAAUUUGUUACAUUAUUAUUGGAGCAUUUGUUUAUCCUUUGUGGGAAGAUCAGUGGUCUUACUUUGAAGCUUUUUAUUUUGUAUUCAUUUCAAUGUCAACUAUUGGUUUUGGAGAUUAUGUACCAGAUCAUCCAAUAUUUAUGAUGCUAAGCACAGUAUACCUAGUGUUCGGCUUGGCUCUAACAUCAAUGUUCAUCAAUGUUGUUCAGAUUAAAUUAAGUGACAGCUUUAGACAUGCUAGUGCUAAAAUUGGUGCAACUAUAGGAUUUUCAAUGACAGAAGAGGAAUUAAGUAAACAUUCUCAAAUAGGAACACCAAUACCGCCUGCUGGUUUAAAUAAUAUUCCAGAAGAAAACGAUAUAGAAGACAGGGAGGUUAGAAAUAUUACUGGAUCAGAAUCUGUAAACACAGAUCCAAAUGCACCACCACCUUUACUACCUAGGCAGCCCAGAAUACAACCAGCACAAUCAGAAGAACCUAAAAAAAAAAAAAAAACUUUCUUUUAACACCGCUUUUUAAUAUUUGUUAAGCUGAAACGUAAUUCUAAAUUACAAAUAUGUAAUUUAAAUAAAAAAUAAUAUUUUAAAUUACUUUAAGACAUCACAGCUUGUUCACGAAUUAAAGUGAAAGAAGUGAGCUCCAUUCAGAUUCUUUCA